AAUUUGUACACAAACCGCCGAAAACCGUUGCUAAUCGGUCUCAGACUAAUCCAAUUAUUUUAAUUAAAGUGCUGUAAUGAUGUAUGUUAUUUUAGUUAGUGCUUAGAUUUGCAAUAGCCAAUUUUAGAAAUAUGUGUUCUAGUUGAUUAAAAACAAGUGAAGCAAAAUGGAUAUCGAUGCUCUGCACUGUGACCUCCGCAAGCGGUUAGACGUGCUCGGAUUUAACCACCCACUCCCACUCGGGGCGAUCGGGAUUGUUUCCGCUAUCCUCGAUGACUUGAUUAAAACGUCCGAAAAGCUGAAAGCAGCUCGGCAGCAAAUUGAGCAGCUGCAGCAGGAAAAGGUAGCCUGGGAACUUGGGGUGGAACCGUACAAGUGUGACAAUUCACGUCUGCUGGCCGAGUGCAACGGGUUGCACCUGGAGCUUGUCAAGCAGCGCGAUAAGUUUGUUCUGGCCAACACGGAUCUGAAGUGUAGGGUGAGGAAUUUGGAAACCGACAAAAAGCAGCUGGACGAACGAUGCAUGCAGGCUGAAGCGAAAAUCCGUGAGCUUCAAAGUGCCGACAACAAGUCCAGGAAGGAUGGUGUAAAUAUGCAACGAAAACCGUUUAUAUCAACCGUUAGACCGGGAUACUAUCAACCGCCCAGGUGUUGCGAGGCUUCACAGCGUGAAAGUAAGUGCGAAUGUCCAUGCAAUAAGCCGCGCAAACAGGAGAUUUUGCAUGAGAUUGAACGGCUGCAAGUGGAGACGAAGAACCAGGAGGAAGUUAUCGAAGCGUAUAAAAAACAGAUCGAUUACCGAGACCGCGAGAUACAACGCCUCGGAGCGCUGUUUGCCGGUGGUCGGCCAUCAGUUGCUCUGGCCAAGGAUUGCUGCUAUCGCAGCGUCAACACACUGGCAGAAGACGUCGAAAAGCUGCAACACGAAAAGGCAUCCGUGCAGAACAAGCUGGCCAGUGCGCUGGAGAGUCAGCAGAACGCCAGCAAAAAGAUUCAGAAACUUUCCGAACGUAACAAGCGGCUCGAACAGGAGCUGAAGGAAAUCGAAAAUGUCGCGCUGAACGUCGAAUCGGAAGCUAAUUUGAACAUUUUGGACAGGGAUCGACAGAAUUCGGAUUUGCAAAUCAAGUUGCAUCAAUCCAACAUGAAAAUCAAAGAACUGGAAACAAUUUUGGAGGCAAGGUCCUCGGGUCUAGUUCCUAGCAGCUCUUCGGCGUCGGCUUGUUCGCUGGAUUCCACACUACAAACUGCUUUAAAACAGGCAAACGAGGAAAAACGUGCCUUAUAUAAACAGCUGAAUGAGUCUAAACAAAGAGAGCAAACAUUUUUGAAUGAUUAUGAAAAGAUCAAAAACAAAUAUUCCAAACUGAAACUUAAGCUAUCCAAUCAGAUCGCUUACGGUCAAGAGAACAAUCAAGAUGAUGCUGAACUUUCGGAGCAACGAGAGAAAACCCUGUUACUGGAAGAAUCAUUGAAAAAUGUUAAGUCCGAUCGAGAUUUCCUAAAUAUCGAAGUCAAACAACUUCGUGAAACCAUUUCAAAACUGACAGCCGAUAAGGACUGUCGAAUAGCUCAAUUGGAAAGUGAAUUGCAUUUGUUGAAAAAAUCCUCCGCGACCAGCAUAGGACGUCCCACCAAAACGGCAGACUCGCUUGCAUCUGCUCAGUCUUCCCUUUCGGUUCAAUCCGCGUUCCACCGUGUGGAACGGGAACGGGAUGCAGCCAAGCGCGAGGUGCAACAGCUGGAAAUCGAGCGAGAUUCACUGAGAAACAAGCUUCAACUGGCUACCAAAACUCAGAAAGAACAACAAGCCAAACACGAGGAAGCAAUAGUUGGUUACAGCUCGCAGAUUGCAAAGCUGGAGGCUGCCAAACGGGACAUGCUCUGCGGACAGAGUUCUUCCCAAACGACGAUUCACCUCCUGCAGGAGGAAAGCCGAGAACUACAUGAACGGCUGAAACAAGUGGAGGAUGAUUUCAGUAAGUUACGUGUGUCGCAUUCACAGCUGCGAAUCCUACAGGAGCAAACGGAACGGGCACUGACGCAGCAACAAAAUCGGUUGUUGUGUUCGGAGAAUCAGCUAGGAUGUGCGGAGGCGAGGCUUUCAAAGGUUGAUGGCACCAUUGAGAGUGCCAACAAGGAUCUCGGAAAGUUGAAGGGUGAUAUUAGCGUACUGAAAGCUUCCAAUGCGUCGCUGCAGCGUGAGAAUGAUAAGCUGUUGAUGGAGCUGGAUAGGAAAACGGAAAAACUGUUCACCGUUGAAAAUGAAUUGAGUAAACUAAAGUCAAGCAAAUCCGAAAUGCGGGACACCAUCGAUCGGUUGCAGAAGAAACUCGAAAACGCAAGUGCGGACAACAUCCAUAAGGACAGUACGUUACGAAGCGCAGCAUCCGAAAGUGACACGCUGAAGAAGCAAGUGGCAACUUUGAAGCGUUCGCACGAUAACGCCGUUUCGGAAAAUGGUCGCCUGUCGAAUGAGCUCACUGAUGCCGCAUCGGAACUGACGCUAACGAAGCGUAAACUAGCCGACUGCCAGCAGGAGAUUGAACGGAUGAAGUCGCAGCUCCGCGAGUACGUGCAGGAAAUCCAGCGCGCCGAGGAAUUGUUGUGUAUCAAGGAAAAGGAACGCGAGGAGAUGCUGGAACACUACAAAUCUCUUUCCGAAGGAGUCAACAUGCUGGAAGUGAGCAAUCACACCUUGGAAGCAGAAAGUGCAGAAGCCAAAAAGUUGCUUCAGGAAGCGGAAGAUCGCAUCGGUGGAUUGCAGGAACAGGUCGACCUGCGCCAGUCCGAGAUUAAGACAUAUGAACAGCAAAUUAAUGAGCUGUCGGCAACCGUCGUUUCGCUCGAGGAAGAAAUCGAGAAUCUCAAGGAGGAAAAUAACAAUCUUCAGGAGGAUCUGGAAGCGACGAAAGAUCUGUGCUCUAAGUUGGACGUUCAGAAGGAUAAGCUGCAGGCCGAGCUGGAGGAACACUCGUCCAUCCGUGAACAGUUGAAUAGGGAAAAUGACACCCUAAAGCGACAGCUAUCGUUGGCCAAAAUCGGCGAUAAAGCGGCUGUUGAUGGGCUACAGGAGCUGCUGGCCGCCUGUCGUUCGGAGGUUGAACAACAACGAAUCGUAAUUGGUCCGUUGAAUCAGGAGGUUAAAUCUCUUAAAGAUCAAGUUCAAGAAUUGAAUAAAAAACUCACUCAUGAACGUGAUAAAGCUACUAAAAGUGAGGCACUGGCCAGUGAGUAUAACGUUCAACUGCAAGAGUUGAAACGAAUGAUCACAGACGAUCGAUACGCGCAGGUACAAUCCCGACAGGAGGAAGAUGAUUACAACAGAAUCAAGAUUUAUUUGAACGCCAUUGAAAGUUUUAAGUCCGAAGGACUAGUGAAACGACAUGGUAGCUCGAGUUCAAUUACAUACUCGAGUUGCAAAACAUCCGAAAGCCUAGGUCCAUUGCGGAACGGUACAGAAAAACCGCGAAAAGUCUUCGGCAGUGAAUCUUAUCCACGAAGAAUUGAGAAAAGUGUUGGCAAUGAUCGGAAGGCACACUCUGAACCAGAAACGGUGAAAAUGUUUGAUAGCUGUCGAGUUCAAAGCCGAAGUAGCUCCACUUCUGUUGGCAGUAAAACUGAUUCCAUCGUGAGGUGUGCCACAUUUGACAACGGAAAAAUGAUGGACGGCGAAGCUUUAAGAAAUGGUCCGAUAAGUAACAUUUCAAUUGAUAACAUAUGUGAUCGGCUAGGUGAGAACGACAUUACUCGUGAAGUGGAAAAAGCCAGCCCGGCAUUGAAUAUAGAGAAAAACAGAACAAGUGAAGACAAGGAGACGCAACGGUCGGAAGCGCAAAUAAAACCCCCCAACGGGUGGAAGACCAACCAGUACAGUAGCGAAGGUUCAUCGAAAUCUUCCCAAGUUUCACAAGCUGAAACCAGCAGGAAACGGGUCGCUAAAAAUUUACGAAAAACUGAAUCUCCGAAGACUGCGUCACCGAAAAUAGCUGAACCAACGGUGCAAGAAAACGUUAAGAUUAAGGUACCAACACAUUACUCUUCCCCGGAUAAUGUUCUCCGCCAGCAAAAAAGUCACUCGCUGGAUCGCAGCUCAAUCCCCGAAAUAGACGCAACUGUACGAAAUAGAUCGCCAAAGUCUUCACCCACUGCUCGAAGAAGACAAUCGAUCGGCCACAGUCCCGAUCGGUCGAUCGACAUCGUGCCACCACGCGAAUCCAGUUACGAGCAGUUUAGGAAAAGUUUCCACCAAACCCGACCGACAGUCAAGUCGACGUCCUCCCCGAAGAGCAAGAGCAACUCAAGUCUGUCCACCGUACCUGUUUCAUCCAUUUCCGGUGUCGAUUCGCCCAGAACGUCGGAAAAACUGACUAAUGAUUCGAAAGCGGCAAGUUCACGCACUGGAAGGGAAACUCCAAAGCAAACGUCCACUGACAAAAAUAAUGGCCCGGGGGCGGUGGCCAUCAUUUAUAAAAAUGCACUAGGCGAACGGAUAAUUUUGUCCGACGAUCGGCAGCCCCAGCAGCAGCAGUGGCCGCUGCUACAGGGAAACGAUUGCAGCACCACUGCACACGGCAGCAUAAUGGUAAUUGACGAUUUGCGACGACCUAAAACGCCAAUUAGGGCACCGAAAGUGUCGUUGACUGCCGGAAAAGCUGUAUCCGGUGCCGUCAGUUCGAGUAGGGAAAAUCAACGAAAAUCCCCAACUGUGAGAGGUAGUAAUGAGAGUAACAGUGCUAUUGCUAGUACCAGUAGCGGCAGAAGCGCCCGUAGCAGUCGCUGUGAGCAAAGAAAGUGGCGAGAAAUCCUGCACCCGACGGGAAAGACAAACGCUGCUGUGAGGCAGACUCCUUCCCUAUCGGCAACAACUAACGACCGGAUAACGACGAUAAAUUAUGAAAUACUUAACGCCAACGGCAGACGGAGCAGUGGAAGCGUGGAAGCCGUUGAAGUUGCGAAUCAAAGUGGUAGAAAGCCUCCCAGGUUGCAACCGAUUACGUCUGCUGGCGGCGGCGGCGGCGGUGCGGGCGGCACCGGUUCGAUGCCGGAGGUAACGCUAGACGGUGAUUCCAAGAAGUACGUGCUAAACUUCAAGAUUAAGGUAGACGGUGAUGAGAGGAGUAGCGGAAAGCAGUUGCAAAUUGCUGCUAAGAAGUAA